AUGGCUAGUUUCUUUUUGAUUGCUCUUCUCGCUACCCCAGCACUCGGAUGCAUCGGAGGUCUUGGAGGUGGAGGUGGUGGCUGUUGCCAACCAUCUCAACCAGCCUGCUCUAACCCAUGUGGAGGAGCUUCUGCUGCCGGAUAUGCUGCCCCAGCCGCUGGAUACCCAAGAGCUCCAGUCGGUUAUGCUGCCCCACCACCCCCACCACCACCACCAGCUUUCGGAGGAAUCGGAGGAGCUGCUUACCCAGGAGCCGGAGCCGGAGGACAGUAUGAUACCGGAGUUCACGGAGGAGCUCAAGGAGGAUAUGCUGGAGCCCAAGGAGCUCAAGGAGGAUACGCCGGAGUUCAAGGAGCCCAAGGAGGAUACGCUGGAGCUCAAGCCCAAGGAGCUCAAGGAGGAUACGCCGGAGCCCAAGGAGCCCAAGGAGGAUAUGCUGGAGCUCAAGCCGUUCAAGGAGGACAAAUCGCUUCCCAAGGAUACGCCGGAGCCGGAUCCCAAGUCUCUGCCGGAGGAGCUUACAACCAAGGACCAUCUGCUGUGAACGGAGGAUACACUUCUCAACAACAAGGAGGAGCUGUUGCCCCAGCUGCCGGAUACGGACAAGGACCAGCCGCUGUUCAUGUUGAUACCACUGCUAUCACUUCCGAGGGAACCGUCUCUCAACAAGGAGGAUCCUCUGCCGCUGGAGGAUACGGAGAAGAGACUGGAGCCGCUGCUUCCGUCGGAGAACAAACCAACACCGUUGUCCAAACCGGAGAGACCACCGAGGAAGGAUACGGAGCUCAAGGAGGAUCUGCCCCAGCUGGAGGAUCUGAAGCCGAGGAGACCGAGAUCGUCGCUGUUGCUACCUCUGCCCCAGCUCCAGCCCCAACCUACGAGAACGUUCAACCAGCUCCAGUUGCCCCAACCACCACCGUCGAGGAGACUCACGCCGAGACUCACGUCGAAGAGCCACAACCACAAGUUGAGGAGACCCACGUCGAAGUCGAGGAGCCAGCACCAGCCCCAGUUCCAGUCGCCACAUCUGCCCCAAUUGUUGAGCCAGUCACCGAGGUGAAUACUGAAGAAUAUGAAGAGGAAAUCGUUGAACCAGCUGAGCCACAAGUUGUUGAGCCAGUUCCAGAGCCACAAGUUGUUGAGCCAGCCCCACAACCACACGUUGAACCAGUUCAGCCAGCCCCACAAGUCACUGAGCCACAAGUUGUUGAGCCACAAGUUGUUGUUGAGCCAGCACCACAACCACACGUUGAGCCAGCAGCCGCACCAGCACCAGAAACUUUCGAAACCUCUGCCCCAGUUGCACCACAAGUCACUGAGUACCCAAUUCAACAGACUGAGGCUCCAGUUGAAGAGGUAUACGAAGAGGAAACCGAAGCACCAGUUGCACCAGUUCAACCAACGGAAUCUUCUUCUUCUUUUGAAGAGGUUACCGCUGAAGAGACUGCACCAUCACAACCAGCACCUUAUGUUCCACCAGCACCAACCUUCACUGAGCAAAAGCCAGGAUACGAGCAAACUGCCCCAGCUGUUGAGACCAAGGAAGAAUCUUACGAUGAUGAGCAGCCAGCUGAGGAGACCCAUGUUGAGCCAGAACAACCAGCUGCUGGAGGUGGAUACUCAGCAACUGAAGCUCCAGCUAAGCCAGAUGGUGGAUACCGCACCCACUAA